AUGGUAAUGGUGAUCCCUGGGGUGUGGCAUAACUUUGUGCUGUGUGUAGCAGCAUUGUGUUUCCUCUUCCUGUUGCCUGUCUUCCUGUUUCCUGUUUACUACACUGGGGCUGGAGCCCUCGUCACCGAGGUGGUGCAGGGCUCUCCUGCAGACGGUCCUAGAGGUCUGUCAAUAGGUGACAUGGUGACCGGGCUGGAGGAUUGUGAUGUCAGAACAGUAGAGGACUGGAACUCCUGUCUCACAAUCCACACUCACACGCCUCAGACUGGAUACUGUGUCCCAACACACACCCUGCAACCCAGCUGGGCCCAUGGUCGAGUCUACAGGAGGUUGGAUACUUCUAUAGAAUGCUGCAGUAACAACAGUCUGACUGAUCUUUGCUUCUCCUACACCAAACUACAGGAGAAGGAGUAUGCGUGUCUCCCGGCUCGUAAGAUGCUGUCUGGCAGCCGUGUGUGUCGCAGCAACGCAGACUGCCUCACACACACACAUCUUGACACAGACCCUGACACACACUCACCCAGUGUCUGUGUCACACCUUCACUGGAGAACCAGACCAGGUUGAUCCGUCUUACUCAUCCACCCAAUACACAGAUGCUGUUUGUGGGGUACCCUCCUCACCUCCAAUAUGCAGUCAGUCUGACCAACUUUGCUCCUCGCUUCGGCUUCCUGAACCUGGACCUACCUGUUGUCAUGGAGACCUUCUGCAAAUACGUUGUGUCCCUGUCUGGAGCGUUAGCCGUGGUCAACUCUGUUCCAUGCUUCGCUCUCGACGGCCAAUGGAUGCUCUCCGCUCUGCUGGAGGCCACGCUGGUCACUGUGGUUACAGAUCGGCAGCACCGGGAGCUGAUUGGCUUUUUCCUGUUGCUGGGAGGAAGUGCUCUGCUGGCUGCUAAUGUAGCGCUGGGGCUGUGGAUGGUUACUGCCCGGUAACGGUAACUAUGACUACAAACCACCACCAACGCCUCCAUGGCAACCAACGCCAAGAGACUAUCUCCCGGGGUGCUGUGCCGUGCCUCCGCACAAAGGCAUUGUGGGUCUCUUCCUGCUCCUCUCUGAGAGAAAGACUCCAGUUCCCAUCAGGCACUGCGGUGCACAUGGUGACUAAGGGAUGCUGGGGAAAUGUUGUGUUCAGCUGCACCUUCUCUACUCUCUGGAAUGUGUGUGUGUGUGUGGGUGUGUGUCGCGUCACACGCGCUGUGAGGUUUGUGUUUCUGUUUUCUAGGGAUUUCAUGAUACAUUGUUGUUUUAUCUAUUUGUCCCACCUCUGUCUGUCUGUCUCUCAAUUUAAUUUCAUUUGAGGGCUUUAUUGUCAUGGGAAACAUAUGUUUACAUUGCCAAAGCAAGUGAAAUGGAUAAUAAACAAUAAAUUGAACAGUAAACAUUACACUCACAGAAGUUGCAAAAGAAAGACAUUUAAAAUAUAUUGCUCUUUCCCAAUCUCUCUAUGUGAAAUAAAGAGGAAUAAUCUCA